UUUGCAUUUACUUUAUUCUUGGUUUUCAGGCAGUGGGAAUUAAUUGAUUCUUAGCGUUUCAACUUUCAAUAUGUAUUUAAAUGUAUAUGAACCAGGUGUACGUUGUUCUGCAUAAAACAAAGGCUGUGGGUGUUUUGAACUUCAGUUUGCUUUACCAUACAUUUAUGUGUGGUAGUAGUUGCUUGGGUCGAAGAUUGGGAGUAUUAGGUGAAAAGCAAACUGACUGUAAAAAGAGCAACUAUGUGGCCGAGGGAACAUUUGAGUAAUUUUUGGAAUCUUCCUUGAUUGAAGAAGGCAUUGGAUUUUUAUUUUUAUUUUUAUUCCAGGGGUCCUCUUUGCUCUUGAGCUGGUUGGUUGUUUGGCUGUCUCGGGUUCUUCCCGAAUGAUUGAGAUUGUCCCGAAGACUAUGUGGCUGAGUACUACAAGCAGCAGGUAGAAAUGCUCGAGGGAUUUAGUGAAAUGGAUGCCUUAGCAGAGCGUGGUUUUAUUCCUGGGAUGUCAAAAGAAGAGCGAGAAAAGUUGGCAAAAAGUGAAACAUUUGCCAUUAGAAUAUCAAAUGUUGCAAACAUGGUUCUGUUUGCCGCUAAAGUCUAUGCAUCCGUACAAAGUGGUUCCUUAGCAAUCAUUGCAUCCACUCUGGACUCGCUUCUCGAUCUUCUAUCUGGUUUCAUCCUGUGGUUUACUGCAUUCUCCAUGCAAACACCAAACCCAUAUCAAUAUCCUAUUGGGAAGAAACGCAUGCAGCCAUUGGGUAUCCUAGUAUUUGCCUCUGUCAUGGCAACUCUUGGACUGCAGAUUAUCUUGGAGUCAAUGCGCACUCUUUUAUCUGAUGGGAAUGAGUUCAGCUUGACCAAGAAGCAAGAGCAAUGGCUUGUUGGCAUUAUGCUUUCUGUGACUUUGGUAAAAUUCGUUCUGGUCAUUUAUUGCCGUUCUUUCACUAAUGAGAUUGUAAAAGCUUAUGCUCAGGAUCACUUUUUUGAUGUUAUCACCAACAUCAUUGGACUCAUUGCUGCUCUCCUUGCAAAUUAUAUUGAUGAUUGGCUGGACCCUGUUGGAGCGAUCAUUCUGGCUUUAUACACCAUCCGUACAUGGUCAAUGACUGUGUUGGAAAAUGUGAACUCCCUUGUGGGAAGAUCGGCUGCCCCGGAAUAUCUACAAAAACUAACGUAUCUCUGUUGGAACCACCACAAGGCCAUAAGGCAUAUCGAUACGGUCCGAGCAUAUACCUUUGGGUCUCACUUCUUUGUGGAGGUUGACAUAGUCUUGCCAGCAGGCAUGCCAUUGCAGGAGGCUCAUGAUAUUGGGGAAUCCUUACAGGAGAAGCUCGAGCUCCUGCCUGAGAUCGAGCGUGCCUUUGUACAUCUGGAUUACGAGUACACACACAAACCUGAGCAUGCUCAGGCACACUCGUAGUACAAAGACUUUAUAAAUCAUAAUGCUUGGGCACACUCGGUCACGGGAUCUUGCUGCUAGCUUUAAAUGUAAGAUAUAAUUGCUAUGGAGGACAAUCUGUAACUGCAAGAAUGAUGCAGGAAAGCCGGUGAUGGCUGCUACUGAGUACUAAUGGAAAUCCUGUACUUAUUAUAGGAAGGUAAGGCAGCCGGGGAACCAACUUGCCUGGUCAAUUGCCUGGCGCCAGUGCAACUUGAAUUGGACCACAGCAUUUUAUACAUAUUAGCUAAAUUCUAUGAUUCUAAUUAAAGCAGGAAAGUUGUUCUUACUUUAGGCUUCUUCCUUUAUUCAUAAUUACGUUCUAAUGUUCUUCUCUCGGUAAAUAUGUUGCGACUUUUUCUCAAAAUUCAGUAUGGACGUUGCUAUGUAUCAUCA